AUGCAACAGGCCAAUACUCUUCAGUUUGGUUUCAUUUCAAGUGCUGUGGCGAAAUGUUUUAUGCAUGCGAUGGCGGACGCGUGCUAUUCGUGUGUUAGGCGGUGCGUACGCACUUCGCCAUAUGCGCGUGUCGGCGGAAGAAGGGCGGAGUCACGACCGCGUCGCGCGAGGAGAGAUAAGCAGGGAACAACCAUUGGAGCAAGUGAGAGACUAGAACGACAUCGAAAGAAGUAUCCCGCGGAAGUGAGACAAACAGAGAACAGUGAGUAG